AUGGAGUUAGAGGCAAAAAAUUCCUUACCUUUCCUAGAUGUGUUAGUCAUCCGAAAUCCUAAUAACACCAUUGGUCACACUGUGUAUAGGAAAAGGACCCAUACAAACCGAUAUUUAAACGGUGAAUCUCACCACCAUCCUUCACAGUUAGCUACCGUGGGCAAAUCUUUGUUACAGAGAGCACGAGGGAUCUGCGACAGCAAACACCUGGCCGCCGAGCUUCAGCACGUCAAGCAAGUUCUGCACGACAACAAGCUUCGGGUCCCGCGCCUACGUCACAGUGACCGAGUGAAGCCGGCCACAGUCGAGCGUGUGCCUGCUGUACUACCAUAUGUCAGAGGUGUCACAGACAAGAUUGGCUAUAUCUUGAAGCGAGCUUCUAUUAGAACAUUCUACAAGCCGCCGAAGAAGAUUAGUCAGUUGCUACCAUCUGUCAAGUGUCAUAUUCCUCUACAAGAUGCAGGAGUGCUUAGUAGAGUGCUAGCUUGA